AUGACAAGUCUGGAAGAGCUCGAGAACCAGUGCCUACCAAUUAGUAAGUUGAAGAAAUAUGCAACAGAAUGGGUGAUUAAAGUCUUAGUCAUUCGACGGAGUUUAACAAAAGAGUAUAAAAAUGCAAACGGUGAGGGUAUUCGUUGGCAACUGAUAUUAGUCGACAAAGAGGGUACAAAAAUACAAACGACUCUUUUCAACAAAGAUGUUCAUGCAUGGAACAAGUCUUUUCAACUUAAUCAAAGUUACUACAUUAUAAAUGGAAAAUUAAAUGGAGCUAAACCAAACUUCUUAUCUGUGCAUAAGGACCUCGAACUAGCAUUUAUGAACAACACAGAUGUCGUAGAGGACAAAAGCCAAUUUAAGACUGAACAAUUUUCGAAUGGAUUUAUUUCAUUUGAUGAAGCUGAAAAAAUCACUAAUGGGAGUUUGUUCGAUGUGGUCUGUAUUUUACUCACAGUAAAAGCACUAACUGGAGAAGGACGAAGCAUUAGACGCGAAGUAAUCGUUACAAACGAAAGGUAUGAUCGAAAAGUCAUGACUUUAUGGGGAGACUUCGCUCAAAUCGAAGGUCAAAUGUUACAGAGCCUUGAAAGUGACAAACCAGUGCUUGCCUUUUGUGAUGUAAAAUCAUCCAUUUACCAAGGUAUAAAUCUCCACACUUGAUAUAUUUGAGUCAAGUUUCAAACUACAUAAAAGUAUCACUGAAUUAAUUACUCCUGUCAAAAUAGGG